AAAAUGGCCGUUUGUGUUUUGUUUUAGUUUCACGUUUGAAUUUUCUUUUAAGUUUUAUUUUAAAAUAAUAAGUUUUGAUGCAAAAAAAAAAGCUUUAGCCGGGUCUAAAUAGUAGUGCAAAUAUUGGAACUGUAUAAUUAAGUUGUAAAUAGCUUUGAUUAGUUAAAAAUGCCACGGACUAAACGACCCGUAAGGAAACAGGAAAAGACCGGGGAAGACGACGAUGCAUUGAAAAAACUUAACAAACUGGUCACAGACCAGAAGAAUAAAAUAGACUCCCGAGCUCACAUGGAGCUACGGAAUGUUGAGCUUGCCUUCAAGAUACUGCUUGGGUCUAUCAGCAAUGUUUAUCUGCAGAAAACUGUUGGACAACUGAAAUCAGAAUUACACCUAAAGGAAGUGACAUCAAACACAAGAAGGACUCGACAUUCAAGCCGCUCUGCUUCUCAUGAUGAUGGGUAUCUGACGGAGAACUCGUCGCAGGGCUCCGGCGGCCGCAGCAAGAGGCAAAUACCGGUACCCACAACAGUAGGUAGGUCCACAACAGGUCGGUCCACCGCCACAGCGCGGCGCUCCCGCUCAGCGGACGCAUCGUGUCGCAAGCUGGCGCCGCCCACGGCCAACAAGACCGUGCAGCGACGUCGCUCGCGCUCUGUGUACCGGACACCGGCUUACAACAAGAAUUCUGCCGUCAACUAUCCUGCUAUUACACCAAAGGUGACCCCUCAAACUCCACUUACAGUGCUGCGUCAACCACGACAGGGAGAGAUGGUUGUCUCCAUGUCUGGUUCGCCUGUCAUGGUGCCUUCUUGUUACACAAUGAAACCCGACGAGAUGGCGAACUGCAACAUCCUCCUUCAAGAUGGCACGAUGCUCUCCCUCCAGCCCAAACAGCUGCGCCAGUCACAAGCAUACAUUCCCUUCUCCCUAAUGGACUCCAAUGUGCUCAAUCAACUCAAAACACUCAAAGAUAAUCUCGACAAAGUCGUCAAACUUGGAGAGAAGGCUAUCAAAUAACAGGGUCACCAAGUUACCCAGGUGUUGGGAAAAUUCCCAUUACUUGGCUUUUAUUGCUAGCAGUAAUAAUACUGGUGUUAUAUUCUACAAAUAUGAGUUUGAAAAUACUUUGUCCAGUAUUGACUAGUGUAAUCCAGUGUUUGGGAAAUUCCCAUUGAGUGGUUAAAUCUAUAGGAAUUAUUAGUUUUUAUGUGUGUGAAUGUUUUAUUGUUUAUGAAUUAAUUCUUAAUGUUAUGGCUGACUUGUGUAUAUGUAAUUGUGUACUUUUUAUUAGUGAAUUUAGUAUUAAAUCUUGACUUUUGACAA